AUGGAAUCAAAUGGAACGCGCAAAGGGCCGCUGCCUGGAGGUCGCCAGGGCGCGUCUGGAGCUGGCGCUGGACGCGACAGCAUGCGAACCGCCAGCCGAGCGCGAGGUGCUGCACGACCACCCAGCAGCUCCUCGCAUCCAUCAUCCCCACCAGCUGGCUUGGUGCCGGCAGGGUCUUCGCGGGCUCAGCAAUCGGCACCCGCCACUGGUGGAGUACGCCGCAUGCGUUGGACAACCCAAAUGAACAGCAACGCAUUGCGGGCGUAUUUUAGGGCUAAGGGGGGAGAAACUGGAGGUUUUGCGUAUCGGGCAAGGAUGCAUCGACUUUUUGCUGAGCUGGAGCCAUCUGUAACCGUCACCGAGCAAAACCUGGCAGACCGAGUUCGGUAUAUCUUGCGCUCAAAUACAUUUGAUGUCACCGAACUCGAACGGCUACGACGUGAGGCUGUUCCUUCAUCGGGUGAAAAUGCUGCGGCUGAGGAUGCGGCGCCACAACUUGCUGAGCAAACGGCAAAUGUGGAUGCCGCCGUGAAUACGCCAGUUGUGGUUGAUUCAAACGAUGAUGGAACAGUCGCCCAGGAACUGGAACUAGAGCAAAUGAGGAGUACAUUGGAAGAGGCGAUUGUGGAAACGCGCAGUACGACUCUCGAAAAUCGACCGCGACUUCCCCGCUUAGCCCUAAGCAAGCGGAAUCGGGCUGUCGUGAGGGCUCUGAACCCAAUGCUGGUUACCUAUUUGGAAGCCAGCCGGGACCUUUGCGAUACGGACUCAAUUCUUUUUGGCGCCGCACUGGCAGUCUGCCGUAUUAUAGGUGCCAAACUUUCCACGGCUGGACGCGCUACUGGACAAAGUAGUGCUAUCCCACCCUGGAGAAUAAGAAUUGAAGAACGUAUCGCAAAGGCUAGGGCCCUCAUCGGCAGACUGAUAUGCUUCAGGUCAGGCAAUACCAGGCCAAGGAUUGUGCGCACCGUCAGGAUGGCGUUUGCUGGGACAAAUGUUAGUUUGUCCCAGCCGGAUAUAAUGCAAAAACUGACGGAGCGCAUAGACGACCUGAAGCAAAGAAUAGCUGCUUGGGGAAAGCGGAUUCGGCGAUAUACCGAGAGGUCGACACGGUUCAACCAGAAUCGUCUCUUCCAGAGUGAUCAGAAGAGGCUCUAUAAAUCAUUGGAGCGACCAAUAGUAAGUGGAACGGGCCCUGCACCAAAUCAGACCGACAUGGUAGCAUUCUGGCGCAGCCUGUGGUCAGAGCCCGUAAACCACAACGAGGGCCCUUGGACGGAAGUUGUGGCGAGUCAGUGUGCGAGUAUUAUGCCCAUGGACCCCGUCAUCAUAACGCCGGAUGACGUAGCUGAGGCGGUCCGUAGGGCCCCGAACUGGAAAAGUCCGGGGCUUGACGGGCUGCAUCACUACUGGCUGAAGGGGUUCAUGUUAACUGUUCCAACGGUGUCGGCGAGCAUCAAAAUAAUUUGCUAA